UUGGCGCCACAUUUCGGUGUGAAUUCAGCAGCGGUCAAGGGGGAAAAAAAGGCACCAGGAUGGGUCCGGAGAAGGAGGGUGCAGACGAGCAGGGUGAUGCUAACUCUUGUGGCUUGGCAGUAACACGUUCGAAACGUGAUCGCAAGGAGAAAGGAGGACGACUAGCGGCACUGGAACGCUUGAAGAAGGCCAAGGCUGGCGAGAAAAUAAAAUAUGAGGUUGAACAGAUUUCAAAUGUUUAUGAGGAGCUUGAUGAAAAUGAGUACUCUAAACUUGUAUGUGAAAGACAGGAGGAUGACUGGAUAGUUGACGAUGAUGGGAUCGGUUACGUGGAAGAUGGUCGAGAAAUUUUUGAUGAUGACUUGUUGGAAGAUGUCUUUGAUAAUAAAACCAAAGGCAAAGGAACCUCAAGCGCAAAUAAAGAGAAGAAAGGUGUGAAGAGUUUGGUCUCAAAACCCAACAACAUUAAGUCCAUGUUUUUGGCCAGCACAACUAAGAAGAAAGCUGAGAAGGAUGUUGAUUUGUCCAAGGAUGAUCUACUGGGAGACAUACUUCAGGAUCUUCAUGCAGAAGCAUCCUUGGUAUCUGCACCACCUCCUGUUGUGGUCUUAAAGAAGAGGAAGCCUGCUGGGGUGUUAGCGAAUCCAUUUUCCGUCAAACCACCUGCACCUAAGGUUUCUUCAGCCCCCAAUUUUACUCACCUGAAUGGCUCUGCAAGGAAACCUGAAAAAGGAAUAGGUGCAGUGGAAAGAGCCCUGCCAGUUCCUGUGAAUUCUUCAGUCAAAAAGGUGCAUGUGAAACAACAGCAAAAGGAGUUGGAAUUGGAGGAACCAAAUGACAUUCCCAAGGAAGUGUUUGAAAAAGAGGAGAGAGAUACUGAUGAGGAUCCUCAAGUAAUGGAGUUGGAUGAUGGAGACUUUGAUGAACCCAUGGACACUGAAUCUGUGUCCACUGUAAAAAUGGAAACAGAAUGUGAGAAAGCCGUCGAAGUGGAAGAACCCAAGGAGGAAGACAAGCCAUUCAAAAACUCUACUGUCAUUGAAUCGUUUUGGGAUCAUUUGAACCAAAAUGAAAGUGAUCCUCUGGUGGUUGAAGUACAGGUGGAUGCGGGUCGUUUACCAUUGGUAACAGAUUCAGAAGGAGAGCAAGUCUUCAGAUUCUACUGGAUUGAUGCUUAUGAGGACCAGUAUCAUCAACCAGGAGUGGUUUUUCUCUUCGGCAAAGUGUGGAUUGAAUCAGCAAAAACGUAUGUCAGUUGCUGUGUGGCUGUGAGAAACAUUGAGCGCACAGUAUAUCUGUUGCCAAGGGAAAUGCGCAUAAAUCUUAAAACUGGCAAAGAUACAGACACACCUGUAGGUUUACAAGAUGUUUAUCAGGAAUUCAGUGAAGUGAUUGCGGAAAGAUACAAAAUAAUGAAAUUCAUAUCAAAGAAAGUGGAUAAAAAGUACGCUUUUGAAAUCCCAGACGUCCCUGAAAAUUGUGAAUACUUGGAAGUCAGAUAUGCAGCUGACCUGCCUCCGCUUCCUUCCGACUUGAAAGGGGAAACGUUUUCACAUGUGUUUGGCACGAAUACUUCGAGUCUUGAACUUCUGCUCCUCAACCGGAAGAUCAAGGGUCCAAGCUGGCUGGAAUUCAAGGCUCCACAACUCCCCAAUCAACCUAUGAGUUGGUGCAAAGUGGAGGCUGUGGUGCUGAAACCUGAUCACCUGACUGUGGUAAAGGAUAUGGCCCCUCCUCCUCUGAUCACGAUGUCAAUCAGCAUGAAGACUGUGCAGAAUGCCAAAACUCAUCAGAAUGAGAUUGUGGCCUUGGCAGCUUUAGUUCAUCACAAAUUUCCUCUGGACAAAGCUGCUCCCCAGUCUCCAUUCCAGGCCCACUUCUGUGCCGUUAGCAAGCCCAGUGACUGCAUUUUUCCUUAUGAUUUCCGGGAGGCAUUGGCAAGAAAAAAUGGCAAAGUUGAGAUUGCUGCUACUGAAAGGACUCUCUUGGGCUUCUUCCUGGCAAAGAUUCACAAGAUUGACCCUGAUGUCCUUGUGGGCCACGAUAUUUAUGGAUUUGACCUCGAUGUUCUGCUACAAAGAAUUAAUGCUUGCAAAGUUCCUCACUGGUCAAAGAUUGGUCGGUUGAGGAGAUCUGCUAUGCCUAAACUUGGGGGUCGUGGAGGGUUUGCGGAGAAGAAUGCAGCUUGUGGCAGGCUGAUCUGUGAUGUUGAAAUCUCUGCUAAAGAGUUAAUCCGAUGCAAGAGCUACAGUUUAACUGAACUAGUCCAUCAGAUCCUCAAAGCAGAGAGGGAUGUCAUUCCAGCCGAAAAUAUUCGGAAUUUUUAUAGUGACUCUCCACGACUCGUGCGUCUUCUUGAGAAUACCUGGAUGGAUGCAAAAUACAUCCUGCAGAUCAUGUGUGAACUCAAUGUGCUUCCUUUAGCUCUGCAAAUAACUAACAUUGCUGGAAAUGUCAUGUCACGAACACUGAUGGGGGGCCGUUCUGAGAGGAAUGAAUAUUUACUGCUGCAUGCUUUCCAUGAAAAGAACUACAUUGUACCAGAUAAACCUUCUUUCAAAAAGCAUGUGCAGGAACAUGUAGAUGAUGAUGAGGAACACGUUGAUGGCGGAGGUGGAAAUGUGGGAAAAAUGAAGAAAGGUCGAAGAAAAGCAGCUUAUGCCGGUGGCUUGGUUUUGGACCCCAAAGUUGGUUUCUAUGAUAAGUUUAUACUGCUGCUUGAUUUCAAUAGCUUGUAUCCUUCAAUCAUUCAAGAAUUCAAUAUCUGUUUCACCACUGUAGAGAGAACUGCCUCAAAUUCUCAGAGGAAUCUGGAGGGUGAUGAACUAGAAGAAAUACCUGAACUACCAGACCAAGAUCAGGAGAUGGGUAUUCUGCCCAAGGAAAUCCGGAAAUUGGUGGAGAGGCGACGGCAAGUCAAAAACCUGAUGAAGCAACCAGACUUAAACCCUGAUCUCUACUUGCAGUAUGACAUCAGACAAAAAGCCCUGAAGCUAACAGCUAAUAGUAUGUAUGGCUGUCUGGGAUUUUCCUACAGUAGAUUCUAUGCCAAACCACUUGCUGCUUUGGUCACACACAAAGGAAGAGAGAUUCUCAUGCACACCAAGGAGAUGGUUCAGAAGAUGAACCUUGAAGUUAUUUAUGGAGACACUGAUUCCAUCAUGAUAAACACCAACAGCACAAAUCUGGAGGAAGUCUUCAAACUAGGAAACAAGGUCAAGAGCGAAGUAAAUAAGCAGUACAAACUCCUGGAGCUGGACAUUGAUGGUGUGUUUAAGUCACUGCUGCUGUUGAAGAAAAAGAAAUAUGCGGCCCUUGUCAUAGAACCAACUGCAGAUGGACGCUAUGUCACAAAACAGGAGUUAAAAGGACUGGAUAUUGUUAGACGAGACUGGUGUGACCUCGCAAAAGAAACUGGAAAUUAUGUUAUCAGUCAAAUACUCUCUGAUCAGCCACGUGACACAAUUGUGGAGAAUAUCCAGAAGAGACUUACCGAAAUCCAGGAAAGUGUUAUGAAUGGCAGUGUUCCUCAGAAAUGCUUUGAAAUUAACAAGGCUUUGACCAAGGAUCCCCAAGAUUACCCAGAUAAAAAAAGCUUGCCUCAUGUCCAUGUUGCCAUGUGGAUAAAUUCCCAAGGUGGACGCAAAAUAAAAGCUGGGGACACAAUAUCUUACAUCAUUUGUCAAGAUGGCUCAAACUUGAGUGCCAGCCAGCGAGCAUAUGCACCUGAGCAACUGCAGAAGCAGGAAAACUUGACCAUUGACACACAAUACUACCUCUCACAGCAAGUGCAUCCAGUUGUGGCUCGAAUCUGCGAACCCAUUGAUGGGAUAGACUCUGCGCUGAUUGCUACCUUGUUGGGCUUAGAUCCAUCCCACUUCCGAGUGAAUCACAUCUGUCUUCAAGAUGGAGAAAAUGAUGUGCUGUUGGGUGGCCCGGUUCAGAUUACUGAUGAAGAAAAAUACCGCGAUGCAGAAAGGUUCAAGUUCAUAUGUCUGAACUGCGGAACAGAAAACAUUUAUGACAAUGUAUUCGAUGGCAGUGGGCAACAGAUUCAACCCAGUUUACUCCACUGCAGUAACGUUGAUUGUGAGGCAUCACCUCUUCAGUAUCAAGUGCAAAUGUGUAACAAGUUAACUUUGGAUAUCAGGCGACAUAUCAAAAGAUACUACAGUGGGUGGGUUGUUUGUGAAGACCAAGCAUGCCAAAAUCGUACUCGGCAUCUUCCAUUGAGGUUCUCUCGCAAUGUUCCGUUAUGCCAGACUUGCAUGAAGGGUGCACUUAAGCCAGAGUAUCCUGAUAAGGCCCUGUACACCCAGCUGUGCUAUUAUCGCUACAUAUUUGACUGGGAUUAUGCACUGGAAAAGGUUGUCUCUGAGCAGGAUAAAGAAUUCAUAAAGAGACACUUUGUACGUGAAAUUGAAGAUUACUGUUUUGUGUUCAAGCGACUAAAAGGAAUCGUGGAUGAUGUGCUAUCUUCUAGCAGCUACUCUGAGGUGAACCUCAGUAAACUCUUCCAGCUAUUCAGUGCAAUCAAUAAGUGAAGGAGAUGUUGCUCUCAAUUUUCUUAAGCGAAAUGGACUCCAUUGCAGGUGGCAGAACAAUAACUAAAGUGUUACUAUUUAUGAUUUCGGCAUCUGUGAAGCUGCAUGUGGGGGAAUUGCUCUUUACAUGUGAUCCAUAAAGUUGUACAUAGAUUUGGAAUCUGACUCGGGUUAUAGUGGAAGAAGUCAGAACAACAAAGGUAUUAGGAAAAGGCUCAAUGGUGUCGUUACGUAGACUUGUUUUAAUAAAAAAGUUGAUGAAGGAUGACAACGCAUGCAUUAACAUCAAUUAAACCCAUAAAGAGAUGAAAGCAGUCUAUUAAGAGCUGGCUGGGAAGGUAGUGUAGAACUGAUGGUAGUUUUGUUUUGAAAGGGUGAUCUUUGGAAAUGAGUGGGAUCACUGUGGAGUCCACUUACAGUGAAGUGGAACAACAGGUCUCAUUUAGUAAGAUCCAAACAAUCUAUUUAAGUGACUGAAGUAUAUUGGAAUGGAGGACUAACAGGCAAACACAGUGGGCUUUAAAUGGGCAGCUGCCAAUGCAUGAGACAAGUACAACGACAAUCUGAUUUAAAACUGUUCACAAUUUCAAUACCUAUUUCUUCCUAUUAUUUUUUUAAAUGUUGUUAAUUUUUUUGUAAGGAAACAUUUUAUAUGUACAACAUUUAUCAUGUUUUGAGUAAGAUCAAACUCUAGGUUAUUUCUGAAACAUUUCCAACAAGUGAUUAAUGUUUAAAUAAAUUGCUAUUACCUUUUGCUUAAAAGUA